AACAAUCAUCACGUGUACUCCUCUUCCUCCUUCACUCCCAACGAUUGAAGAAAGCCGCCUCCUUGCUCUUCCCUCUCCCCGAUUCAAAUCUCUCUCUCUCUCUCUCUCUCUCUCUCUCUCGCUCUCUGCACCUACUCUUCCUCCAUGGCUCUUUCUUUAAGAGCAACCACAACCAAAACUACAGCCCUUUCGUCUUUUCUAUGUCGUGCUUUCUCUUCUUCUUCGUUAAAUUCCGAAACUGACCUUAGAUCAGCUCCCUUUUUAACGCAAAAUCCUUUGACUCUCCGUCGCGACACCACCGACAAAAGUAUUCAGUGGGUUUUUCUUGGCUGCCCCGGCGUUGGUAAGGGUACUUACGCUUCUCGUCUUUCAAAUCUUCUCGCCGUCCCUCACAUCGCUACUGGAGAUCUCGUCCGUGAGGAGCUCAAUUCCUCCGGUCCUCUCGCCUCUCAGCUUAAGGAAAUUGUAAACCAAGGGAAAUUAGUUUCGGAUGAAAUUAUUAUAAACUUACUGUCUAAGCGGCUGGAAGCUGGGGAAGCUAAGGGAGAAACUGGUUUUAUUCUAGAUGGUUUCCCUCGCACGGUUAGACAAGCAGAAAUAUUGGAGGGAGUGACAGAUAUUGACUUGGUUGUUAACUUAAAGCUUAGGGAAGAAGCUCUACUUGCGAAAUGUCUUGGAAGAAGGAUUUGUAGUGAGUGUGGAGGAAAUUACAACAUUGCCUGCAUUGACAUCAAGGGCGAUAAUGGGAAGCCUGGAAUGUACAUGGCUCCACUUCUUCCUCCUCCUCAUUGUGCAACAAAACUUAUCCAACGGUCUGAUGAUACGGAAGAAGUUGUUAGGGCGCGACUCCGGAUUUACAAUGAAAUGAGUCAACCUGUUGAAGAUUUCUACAGACAUCGUGGGAAGUUGUUGGAGUUCGAACUUCCUGGAGGAAUCCCAGAAUCUUGGCCAAAGCUGCUUCAGGCUCUGAAUCUUGAAGAGCAUGAAAUUAAACAGUCCGCAGCUGCUUGAGUUCCUAUAGUUCUGUACCAUACUUUGCAAGGUAAGUUAGGUCAUUCUUUUCAUGUGAGGGACAUAUUAUUUAAAUGAAGGGGAGCAAAGAGGUAUGAACAAUAAACAGAGUCUAAACAUUUAGAAGAUGUGAUAUUGUUUGGAGAGCAGGGAGGCACUCUGCAUUGUUGGAGAUUUUAUAUGGCUGACAGACUGUUUAGUCCAAUGUUAUUAUAUCAUGAUGAACUACAAUUGCCAUUCAAUUUUACCAUUAGUAGUAUUAUUUGGUUGACAGGUGGUUUAGUUCAUGGUAACUAUAUUAUGGCCAACUGUCAUUGCCAUUCAUUUUUGCUGUAUCUUUUGGUUAUGAAAUUUUGUUUCUGGGUUUUACGGAGUUGGAAGUUGCAA